UAAAUAUUUAGAUAAAGUAAAAUUUUAAGUCUUACAAAAAUAGUUUUUAAUAAAUUAAAAUUUACUAAAAAUCAUGUCGUAAUAAAUUAUCAUGGUUGAUGAAGCAAAGCUUAGUUCUGAUCCUAAAUAUAAACAGUUUAUUGCUGCUAUUGACAAAGCUCUUAAAACAUUUGAAUAUUCAAGUGAAUGGGCUGACUUGAUUUCUUGUCUUGGAAAACUUAACAAGGUGAUUCAACUAUAUAGUCAAUAUGCUGUUUUGCCAAGAAAGUUACUUAUUGGUAAACGUCUUGCUCAGUGUCUUCACCCAGCAUUGCCAAGUGGUGUACAUCUAAAAGCUCUUGAAACAUACAACUUGAUUCUCUCUCAAAUUGGAUUGGCAGGAUUAGCUCAAGAUCUUUUUAUAUAUACAACUGGAUUGUAUCCUUUAUUGAGCCAGGCCUCAAUGUCUGUUAAGCCACAGUUGCUUGAUCUAUAUGAGAAUCAUUUUUUACCUUUAAAAAAACUACUUUAUCCAGGUUUGUCAGGUUUUUUAUUGGCUUUAUUUCCUGGAAUUGAAGAAGCAUCAGAGUUUUCGUCACGAACAAUUGAAAUCUUAUCUACACUUUGUGGUUUUGUAGAUGAAGAAAUGUUUUUCACAUGCUUAUGGGAUUGUGUGCUUCACUCAUCCCAAACUCGGCUUGCAGCAAUGACCUUUGUCAUAAGUCAUGUUGCCAAAAAUCAAAACAAGAAUAGCUUGAAGAUAAUGGGCUACGAUACUAAUCUUAUGGUGAAUGCGUUAUGUGCUGCUUUUGAUGACACAAAUGUUUUGACACAAAGAAUAACACUAGAUUUUGCAAUAACUUAUAUUUCUUUUAAUAGUUCUCCAUUCUGUAAAUAUCAUAUAGUUAAACUUUUAACCUAUGCGCUUGGUGUACUUCUUCGUAGAGAUAUGUCUUUGAAUCGAAGAAUAUUUCAAUGGUUUUUAAACACAGAUUCUAAAAAUACAACUGAGGUUAAUCAAAGUGUCAGUGUUGAAGACGAGGAAGAAGACAAAUCGGUUACUGAUUCUUAUUUUAACUUAUAUUCAAAGCUCCCUCUCACAGCAGCUGUAAUAGUGUUAUUUAAAGAUUCAAUUCAAUAUGGAUCUGAAAGUAUUAACUUUAGAGACUCCUCUAGUAAGUUUCGACUUAAGCCAUUUCGAAUUUUGAUCACAUUACUUGAUAAACCAGAAGUUGGAUCUUCAAUAUUGGAAGAAGUCAUGUUAGAGGUGUUUCGUGCAAUAUAUAAACACUCUGAGGUCACAAAGGAUUCUGUAGAUAAAAAGUUAAAUGGUUAUAAAGAGUUAUCGUUGAUGCACGCUGAGCUUAUUAAAAAUUCUAAUUUAUUAUUUAACUCUUUUGAACCAUUUUUUAUGUGGGAUUAUAUUGGAAAGAUAUUCAAGAGAUGUUCUAAACCCAGUACAGAGGAAAACUUCAAAGAUAAUUUUGUAACAGAGUUACAACAACUAGUCAGAGUAGAGGAUCCAACACAUUCAGAAAUAUUUAGUUUGACUGACUAUCUUUUAGAUAUAGUUUUACUGGAAUCAGCUACUGAAGUGCAAACUGAACAUUGGCCUAAUCUUUUAAAAUUAAUUAUAUCUGAAACAAUAAAUAACAUUGAUCUUCUAGAACUGACUACUCUUUAUCAAGGAAUCUGUUUAAUAUCAAAACUAUUAUCGCGACUUUCUCCAAACUUACCAGAUAAAACUAUGGAUACUGUAGAUCUUGCUACCAUAAAUAUGCAAAAAUCUCCUGGAACAAUUAGCCCUUUGCAUGAUAUCAAAGUUGUUUUAACCUAUCAAAAAAGCACAUUGUAUACAGAUUGUUUUUCAUUAUCUAAACUUCUAUUUUCAAAAUUUGUAGAAGGGAAGUUAAUAAAAAGAGAAAAGAAAAUGAGAGUGUUAUUUCAAGACCAUUCAAUGUUUAAGUUUGAUGCCAUUAGUAAUGAAAAGAGUUCAGUUGUUAAUCCAGAUUUCAAUCAAACAGCAGUUAAAACGUUUCAGACAUUUUGUCGUUAUUUGGUACAAUUAGCUUGUUUUCCACUGCCUUUAAGUGAACAGAGUACUGCAGGAAAAGAAAACGAAAUCCCUGAUUGGUUGCAAGUUUUGAUUUCUUGCUGUUGCAAUGGAAGUUCAUUUGAUGUUCAGUCAUCAGCAAUAAAUGCUUUGCUUGAUCUUGUUAAUGUUACUCAGAGUGUUCAACCUACUGGAAAAACUCCAGAAAUUACUAGUAACAUUGUGCCUCUUAUUUCUUUCAACAACUUGGCAUGGCUUGAAUGUACAAAUUUAUACAAUGUUAUUGCUGAAAGUCUUUGGAAUCGUAUUAAUCCUGAAACUUGCCAUUGGCAUCAGACUGCUGUGGACUUGUUUCUUCGUUUGCAUAAUAUUUCUCCUUCUCGUGAAAUAUGUGAAAAUUUAAUUCUAAAUUCACUUGUUAGCAUUGAAUUGGAAGAAAAAGAAAUGGGUUAUUGGAGAUUUUCAACUAUGUGGCAUGUAUCACGUGAUUUUUAUAAAGAUCAUAACGUGAAAACAGAUAAAGGAAACAGAACUCUAGAUAAAUGUAUGCUUCUUAUGGUUGAUGGUCUUCAAUCAAUUCAUACAAAAAUAAGAGAAAUCAGUAAAAAUUGGAUAAAGCAUUGUUUACAUUUUGGAGAUAUUGGAAGAGUUAUGGAAACAAUAUUGUUAGUUUUGCUUCAUCCCACAAGUGCAAGGGUUGCUAUUCAUUAUGCUCAUACAUGGCCAGCUGAUAUAAACUUAACAUAUGUCAACAAUCUUGAGCAAACAGAGUUUGGUACCAAUAACCCAAUCAAUAGUCAGUCAUCUUUAGAAGCUAAUACAGGAUUUGGAGAUAAUGAUGAAGUUGAAGAAAGAAAUACACAGUCAGAAAAUCAAAUCAAAUCAAAUGUGAUCAAGGCAUUGCCAACGCACCCUCUACUUAUACACAAACUUCUUUAUACUGAUCAUUAUGAUACUGAUAUGUGCUUGUAUGCAUUUCGAUGUAUUUUAGCCAUUUUAAACUGUGAGGGUCGUUUGUUUAUAUGUGCUGCUGCAACUACAAGUGUUAAUGUGGGAAACUCUCCACAUCAGUCACUUCUUCGUGAAUUACUAAUUCGACAUCGAAGAGUUUUGUCUGGAAAAGAGUUUUAUGGAUCUUUAGCAGAAGCUCAACAGUUGCUGGUGCGUGCUAGUACUGCUAAGUAUAUUGAAAUUUUAUUAUCUGUUUGUUUGUAUUAUAUUCGAUCUGAUUUUCAUGAGCGUCUGCAAGUAAACUCUUCACUCAUAGAAGGAAAUUUUUUAGUUCAAACUAUUUCUGCAGAACUUCUUACUAAAGUAUCAUUACUUUUGAUUGAUAUUGCUAAAGAUAGUGGAAAAGGAUUUGCUAACUAUAUUAGUGAUUUAAUGUCUCGUUGCAAAAUUCAGCGUAUUGGUUUACACUGUUUACUCUCCACAGUCUAUGCUGACAGCUCUGAUUAUCAACAAGUUAAUGGAACUGGGGUUUAUAGCAUGGUUAAUUUGCCUAAUCUUACAAGUACAUCUAAAAGAAACGUUUCUAAUCGAAAUUUGAUAGAUUUACAAAAGACAUUAUUAAAUUUUAUGGACUCACUUAUUCAUUUAGAAUAUCUUAUUGGUACAGAAAACAUUACACUACCAAGCAAUCAAAAAAACCCUCCUCCCAACUGUUUGCCAUUUGAAUAUAUUCCUUUUAGACCUAUCAUCACACAACCUAUGUUUAUUUCUGCCACGCUUACUGUACUUAGUGAAAAGAGUUGGAUACAUUUACAUGACAACUGGAUAAGUUUAGUAAUUUCGUGUUUACCAAAGUUCAGUGAAAGCAUGAUGAGUUUGAUAAUUCCAGUAGUUAAACAAAUAUGUGUAAAUUUAGUUAUGCUUACUGACUUGGUCCACAGACAAUAUUCAGAAAAAUGCACAGAAAUACCUGUAGACUAUAUGAUAAUUUUGCUUAAUGGGCUGACUUCUAUAAGUCAUUUUUCAUUAAUUGGCACAUCAACACAAGCUUUAAUGGUUUCUGCAGUCAUGCAACCGAUGAGUAAAGUCAAGACUGAUGACAUUUCCACUUCAUUGUUUUCAAACCUUGUUCAUGUUUUUUCACCAACCCCUCAUACAAAACAAUUUCCUGAAGAAGGCUCUAAUAAUCUAAGUGAUAUUAAAGAUGGACUAUUAGGUUUACUUCCUAACAUUCUUUCGUCAAUCGUUGUAGUGUGGAAAGCAUGGAAUGCAGAAAAGAUUCACAGCAAUAUUUCGUAUAGUCUGCUAACAGGACAGCCAAAGGCUGUGCGUUUGUGCAUACUUCAGCUUCUUACACCAAUUGCAAUCAAUUAUACUGCUGUUUUUCUUGCAUCGAUUGCUGAUGUAUGGCACAACAUGCAUGAUGCAAGUACUUCAAAACUUGUUGGAUUAACUGGUAAGGAAUGGUUGUCAUCAAUUAACAAAAGAUUUUUACCUGAUAUGUCUCAAGACCAGAUGAUACUGCUAGAAAUUUCUCUAGCUAUUAAGGCUCUUAGUUUAGAAAAAGUCAUAGAGACAAGUCGACAGGUAGCUCGUCAGCUUUUAGGAAACAAGGAACGCUUACAAAAUGGGUCAUCACUUGAAGUGUAUUUAUUUCAGUUUUUAAAUGAGCUACUUUUAUCAGCAACUAAUGAGGAACUCAUAAACAUCAAAAACUCCAUUUUUAUGUUACUUAAAGAAAGUUUACAAUUAAAUCUGUUACCUCCUUCGUUAUUUGUAUUAUUCGGAAUCCUAAAUAUUUUUGUGCACCGUGUUCCUUCUCCAGAUGAUAGACGUGCUCGCCGUGACUUGCAGGAUUUAGCACAGAAAUAUGUAGAAAGUCUUAACAAUAUAGCUGGAGCAUCAUUGGAAGGAUCAGCUUGGUUUAGAAAGAGUCUUCAGGUUAUAGCUCAUAUUGAUGAUGAUAGCCAUGAAGAAUCUUCAGUUUCAGAACGAUCUUCUGUUAUGGAAAUUUCUCAACCAAGCCCUACAGGCAUAAUUAAAACAUCACAGUUUAGUGUGCCAGCACUACUUAUACUGGCUGAGUAUUUCGCUUCAAUGUACGAUUUGCUUUAUCUCAGUGAAGAGAAGGAUAAAGUAGCUGCAUCUCUGGUGUAUUUACUCUAUAAUGUGAUUCCAUAUUUGAAAAAUCAUAGCCAACAGAAUGUUCCAGGUUACCGUGCAUGUAGCGCUUUACUAGCAGCUGUUUGUGAUUACCAAUAUACGCUUCGCGCUUGGAAAAAAGAUGUGUAUGAAUUAUUUUUAGAAGCUGAAUUUUUUCACAUGGAUUUAAUAUCAUUAGAAUUUUGGCGAACGAUAAUUGAUCGUUUAAUAACAUAUGACAGUACAAUGUUCAAAGAUCUAAUGCAAAAAAUUGCCCUCUCUCAAAGUGGAGCUAUAAAUAUAUUUGCAAAUAGAGAGCAGGAAAUGGAGCAGAGAGCUCAGUUACUUAAACGUUUAUCAUUUAUUAUUUUUUGUGGUGAGUUUGAUCAGUAUCAUCAAUAUCUUCCCGAUAUUCAAGAGCGUCUAGCGGAAAGUAUAAGGCAUUUGCAGGGUCCUUUUUUGCAUGAACAGGUUUUUUUAUGUUUUCGUGUUUUACUCACUCGAAUUUCACCCAACCAUUUGGUUUCGUUAUGGCCACCCAUUCUAACAGAGCUCGUUUUUGUUUUUGUGCAUAUGGAGUAUGAACUUUCUAGUUUAGACAAGCCUAAAUCUAAAACAAAAGCUAUUGGACUGGAAUCUUUUUUAGGUGUAAAUGGAUAUUUUAAAGACCCUGUUAAGUGGCUACGUUUGUAUUUAGCCGUUUGUAAACUUCUUGAUUUUCUUCUUGUUUUACCUUGUGAUACUCUUGCCUAUUAUCAGGUAUAUAAAUGGGCAUUUAGCGACUCACCUGGCGUUUACUGCAACAAAUUUUUACAAGAAAUAGAAGAAUCUGAUACAGCAGCCAUUAAAAUAGAUAUUAUAAACGAACAUAAAUCGCGUAUUAGGCGUGAUAGCAAAAGUAAAGAUCAUCUUAAGGCCGAUGCAAAACCUGUAGAAAUUUCAAAAAUGGCUGCUCUAAAUGCUCCUAUUUCUCAACAACAGAAACAAUCACAGAAAGAAAAAAAAAAAAAGCGCAAUAAAGAAGAUGCAAAUAGCAAAAAUUUAUGCUCUACGUUUUUGCCUUAUGUAUCUCGAAUUGUAAAGAUUUUUUUAAGGCAAAAUCUUCCUGAAGAUAGCUGGCUAGUGCCAGCUAGAUCUCCAGGAAAAUUAAUUAUUCAACUGACUAAAAUACAGAGUAUCUAUGAUCUUAUGCCAUUCUUUCUUUGUGUAACUGGAGAACUUGCUGCGGAGGAUGUAGAUGUAUUAAAAUUUAGCAAAUUUCAAAUUAGUGAAGUUGAAGAGUUAAUCAAAAGAGAUUUUAUUGAACUGACGUGAAUUUUUAUAUUUUGACGCAUUUUUUUAUAUUUUGCUUUAUUCGAGUCUCAUUUUACAGCAAAUAGACGGGCAAUUCUACACAACUUUUGUUGCUUUUAUAUGUUUUGAUAUCUUAAAUGCCAUUUCACAAAAAUGUUCUGCGUUUUUUUUUUUCGGCUGGGUACGCAUUUUACUGUCAUCAAUUAGAUGACAAAAACAUUUGCAUUUUAUUUUAUUUUAGCAUUUGUAUUAGAUGACAAAAGCAUUUGUAUUUAUAAAUGAAUUUAUUUUUUAAUCUUCUCACGUAUUUAUUUAUUUGAUUUAGAUAUUAAAAUAGUUUGUCAAAAUUUAUUUUUAAAUUAUUUAGUUGAUGGAUUUUUAUUUUAGGACAAAAUAAGAUUUCACUAA